CCAACUCUUAUAUUAUUGGUUACAUUCGUAAUUAUAUUAUUUUUUUUUUAUUAUUUUUCCCAUGCAAUUUUUCUCCUAUAUAUACCUCUUUUGGUUGUUCUAUAUUUCAUAUCUUAUUUUGUGAUAAGCAAAAUUGCAAUAUAAAAUAAAUCAGAGUGAAAAUGAAGAGUUUGAUGAAUAGUGUCACUCUUUGUUGCCUCUAUUUCUCAUUUUCUCUUCUCUUUAACUUUGUUGCUCCUACCUUAUUGUUUCAGGGUUUCAAUUGGGAUUCAUGCAAUAAGCCAGGAGGGCUGUAUAAUUACCUCAAAAACUCGAUCGAUGACUUGGCUAGAGCAGGGGUCACCCAUGUCUGGCUUCCUCCUCCAUCUCACUCAGUUUCUCCUCAAGGAUAUUUGCCUGGAAGAUUAUAUGAUAUUGACGCAUCCAAAUACGGCAAAGAGGCAGAGUUGAAGAGCUUGGUUAGUGCAUUCCACCAAAAAGGAAUCAAGUGUGUUGCUGAUAUUGUCAUAAACCAUAGGUGCGCAGAUAAACAAGAUGGAAGAGGAAUAUACUGCAUUUUCGAGGGUGGAACGUCUGAUGAUCGCCUCGAUUGGGGUCCUUGGGCUAUCUGUAGGGAUGACACUCAAUUCUCCGAUGGUAGCGGGAAUUUAGACACCGGUGCUGGCUAUGGUGCUGCCCCUGACAUAGACCAUCUUAACCCAAGAGUACAAAAAGAGUUGGUAGAUUGGAUGAAUUGGCUUAAGGCCGAAAUCGGUUUUGAUGGUUGGAGAUUUGACUUUGUUAAGGGUUAUGCACCUAGCAUAACCAAAAUUUACAUGGAAAAGACUACACCAGAUUUUGCUGUUGGAGAGUUGUGGGAUUCAAUCAACUAUGAUCCAGAUGGUAAGCCAGACUACAACCAAGACGGGCCGAGAAAUGAGCUAGCAGGGUGGGUUCAAGCUGCUGGUGGUGGUGUUGUUUCUGCAUUUGAUUUUACUACCAAAGGUGUUCUUGGUGCUGCUGUUCAAGGAGAAUGGUGGAGAAUGAAAGAUUCUAGUGGUAGGCCUAGUGGAUUAAUUGGUAUUAUGCCUAAAAAUGCUGUUACUUUCAUUGAUAAUCAUGACACCGGAUCUAGCCAAAAGUUAUGGCCUUUCCCUGCAGACAAAGUCAUGCAAGGAUAUGCCUAUAUUUUGACACACCCGGGAAUUCCAUCCAUCUUUUAUGACCAUUUCAUCGAGUGGGGUUUGAAGGAAGAGAUUAUAAAGCUGACUUUGAUUAGGGAAAGGAACGCGAUAAGUGAGACAAGCAGUGUGAAUAUAAUGGCCUCGGAUGCAGACUUAUAUGUAGCAAUGAUCGAUGGAAAGAUUAUUGUUAAGACUGGAACAAGAUUCGAUCUUGGCAAUCUUAUUCCGGCGAACUUUAAAGUUUCCACAUAUGGAAAAGACUAUUGUGUUUGGGAGAAGCAAUAAUCCUAAUAACUAAACAUGCAUAUGUUCAAUGCAUAUACAAUUAAGAAAUACACAAUAUAGCUAUUAAAGAAUAAUUUCAAGAAAUUUGUACCAUGGUUUAUUCCAAAUCAUGAUGAAUUAGUGACUUACCAAUUGUUUCUCAUUUGAAGGUUAUGCUUAGCUUAGCCUCC